AUGGAGGACGGAAGGCCCGUGUGGGCCCCGCACCCCACAGAGGGGUUUCAGAUGGGCAACAUCGUGGAUAUUGGCCCUGACAGCUUAACCAUUGAACCCCUAGGUCAAAAAGGCAAGACAUUUUUGGCUCUCAUAAACCAAGUGUUCCCUGCAGAAGAGGACAGUAAAAAAGAUGUGGAAGAUAACUGUUCAUUAAUGUAUUUAAAUGAAGCCACACUACUCCAUAAUAUCAAAGUUCGGUACAGUAAAGACAGAAUUUACACCUAUGUGGCCAACAUUCUGAUUGCAGUGAACCCAUACUUUGACAUACCUAAAAUCUAUUCUUCAGAUACAAUAAAGUCGUACCAAGGAAAAUCCCUUGGGACGAUGCCACCUCAUGUGUUUGCAAUUGCUGAUAAGGCUUUUCGAGACAUGAAGGUGCUCAAGAUGAGUCAGUCCAUCAUUGUAUCUGGAGAAUCAGGAGCUGGCAAAACAGAAAAUACAAAAUUUGUUCUGAGAUAUCUGACUGAAUCCUAUGGAACCGGUCAAGAUAUUGAUGAUAGAAUUGUUGAAGCUAACCCACUCUUAGAAGCUUUUGGAAAUGCAAAAACUGUCCGCAACAAUAAUAGCAGUCGAUUUGGGAAAUUCGUAGAAAUACAUUUCAAUGAAAAGAGUUCAGUUGUUGGAGGAUUUGUUUCACAUUAUCUUCUAGAGAAAUCUAGGAUCUGUGUUCAAGGCAAAGAGGAAAGGAAUUAUCAUAUCUUUUAUAGGUUGUGUGCUGGUGCUUCUGAAGAUAUUAGGGAAAGACUUCAUCUGAGCUCUCCAGAUAAUUUUCGGUAUUUAAACCGAGGCUGCACUAGAUACUUUGCUAACAAAGAAACUGACAAACAGAUUUUACAGAACCGAAAAACUCCUGAGCAUCUUAAGGCAGGUUCCUUGAAAGAUCCUUUGUUGGAUGACCAUGGAGAUUUUAUUAGAAUGUGCACAGCCAUGAAAAAGAUUGGCUUGGAUGAUGAAGAAAAGCUUGAUCUGUUCCGGGUAGUAGCUGGUGUCCUUCACCUUGGGAAUAUUGAUUUUGAGGAAGCUGGCAGCACUUCAGGUGGUUGUAAUCUGAAGAAUAAAUCUACUCAGUCAUUGGAAUAUUGUGCUGAAUUACUGGGUCUGGAUCAAGAUGAUCUUCGUGUAAGUUUAACUACAAGAGUCAUGCUGACAACAGCAGGGGGCACCAAAGGAACAGUGAUAAAGGUACCCCUGAAAGUGGAACAGGCGAACAAUGCCCGGGACGCCUUGGCAAAGACUGUCUAUAGCCAUCUUUUUGAUCGAGUGGUAAACAGAGUAAACCAGUGUUUUCCUUUUGAAACAUCGUCCUAUUUUAUUGGAGUCCUGGAUAUUGCUGGGUUUGAGUACUUUGAACAUAACAGUUUUGAACAAUUUUGUAUCAACUAUUGCAAUGAAAAGCUUCAGCAGUUUUUUAAUGAAAGGAUUCUGAAGGAGGAACAAGAACUCUAUCAAAAGGAAGGUUUAGGGGUGAAUGAAGUGCAUUAUGUGGAUAAUCAGGACUGUAUAGAUUUAAUUGAAGCAAAAUUAGUGGGAAUAUUGGAUAUUUUGGACGAAGAAAAUCGCCUUCCGCAGCCAAGUGAUCAGCACUUCACAUCUGCAGUUCACCAGAAGCACAAAGACCAUUUCCGACUUUCUAUUCCUAGAAAGUCUAAGCUGGCAGUUCACAGGAACAUCCGAGAUGAUGAAGGCUUCAUCAUCAGGCAUUUUGCCGGGGCAGUGUGCUAUGAAACAACUCAGUUUGUGGAAAAAAAUAAUGACGCUUUACAUAUGUCUCUUGAGUCCUUAAUAUGUGAAUCCAGGGAUAAAUUUAUCCGGGAACUAUUUGAAUCAUCCACAAAUAACAACAAAGACACUAAACAAAAAGCAGGAAAACUUAGCUUCAUCAGUGUGGGAAACAAGUUCAAGACACAGUUAAAUUUGCUUCUGGAUAAACUUCGAAGUACAGGAGCAAGCUUUAUUCGCUGUAUCAAGCCUAAUUUAAAGAUGACAAGCCAUGACUUUGAAGGAGCUCAAAUUUUGUCUCAACUUCAAUGUUCAGGUAUGGUGUCUGUCUUGGACUUGAUGCAAGGUGGUUUCCCAUCACGGGCUUCAUUUCAUGAACUCUACAACAUGUAUAAAAAGUAUAUGCCAGAUAAACUUGCAAGAUUAGAUCCAAGACUAUUUUGUAAGGCUCUUUUUAAAGCUUUGGGCUUAAAUGAAGUCGACUACAAGUUUGGGUUAACUAAAGUAUUUUUUAGACCUGGCAAGUUUGCAGAGUUUGAUCAGAUUAUGAAGUCUGACCCUGACCACUUAGCAGAGCUGGUCAAGAGGGUCCACCACUGGCUAAUCUGCAGUCGCUGGAAGAAGGUCCAGUGGUGCUCGCUGUCCGUCAUCAAACUGAAAAACAAAAUAAAAUAUCGAGCUGAAGCCUGCAUUAAAAUGCAGAAAACUGUUCGAAUGUGGCUUUGCAAAAGGAGACACAAACCUCGCAUUGAUGGCCUGGUUAAGGUGGGCACACUGAAGAAACGACUUGAUAAAUUUAAUGAAGUAGUAAGUGCAUUGAAAGAUGGAAAACCAGAGAUGAAUAAACAGGUCAAGCACCUUGAAAUUUCUAUUGAUGCUUUAAUGGCCAAAAUUAAGUCCACGAUGAUGACAAGGGAACAAAUACAGAAAGAAUAUGAUGCUCUAGUUAAAAGCUCAGAGGUCCUUCUCAGCGCAUUACAGAAAAAAAAGCAGCAGGAAGAAGAAGCAGAAAGGCUGAGGCGCAUUCAAGAAGAAAUGGAAAAAGAAAGAAAAAGACGUGAAGAAGAUGAACAACGUCGAAGAAAGGAGGAGGAGGAAAGAAGGAUGAAACUUGAGAUGGAAGCGAAGAGAAAACAAGAAGAAGAAGAAAGAAAGAAAAGGGAAGAUGAUGAAAAACGUAUUCAGGCAGAGGUGGAGGCGCAGCUGGCCCGGCAGCGGGAGGAGGAGUCCCAGCAGCAGGCGGUCCUGGAGCAGGAGCGCCGGGACCGAGAGCUGGCGCUGCGCAUCGCCCGGAGCGAGGCGGAGCUCAUCAGCGAGGAGGCGCAGGCCGACCCGGCGGUGCUGCGCAGAAUUAAUGGAACAAGACGCACAAUGACACCGGAGCAAAUGGCGAAAGAGAUGUCAGAAAUUUUGAGUAGAGGCCCUGCUGUGCAAGCCACGAAGGCGGCUGCUGGUGCCAAGAAGCACGACCUCAGUAAGUGGAAGUACGCAGAGCUCCGUGACACCAUCAAUACUUCUUGUGAUAUUGAGCUCCUGGCAGCUUGCAGAGAAGAAUUUCAUAGGCGACUAAAAGUGUAUCAUGCUUGGAAAUCCAAGAACAAGAAGAGAAAUACUGAAACAGAACAGCGUGCUCCAAAGUCUGUUACUGAUUAUGAUUUUGCACCAUUUUUGAACAAUUCACCUCAGCAGAACCCGGCAGCCCAGCUCCCUGCCAGGCAGCAGGAGAUCGAGAUGAACCGACAGCAGCGUUUCUUCCGCAUCCCAUUCAUCCGCCCCGCGGACCAGUACAAAGACCCGCAGAAUAAGAAGAAAGGCUGGUGGUAUGCCCAUUUUGAUGGACCAUGGAUUGCCCGGCAGAUGGAGCUUCAUCCUGACAAGCCACCCAUCCUCCUCGUGGCUGGGAAGGACGACAUGGAGAUGUGUGAGCUGAAUCUUGAAGAGACAGGCCUGACUCGAAAGCGCGGUGCUGAGAUUCUGCCAAGACAGUUCGAAGAAAUCUGGGAGCGCUGCGGAGGCAUCCAGUAUCUCCAGAGUGCAAUCGAGAGCAGGCUGGCCAGACCCACGUAUGCCACGGCCAUGCUGCAGAAUCUGUUAAAGUAG